AUGAAAUAUAUUAUCAACCUCAUUGCUGGCUUUGGUGUUGUCGCUGCGGUGCCACUACAGCACCGCGCCACGACAACAUAUCUUUUUACAUUUGGUGAUUCUUAUACCCAAACCAACUUUAAUGUAAAUGGCACACAGCCGUCUGCCGUGAACCCUAUGGGAAACCCAACGCUUGGAACUGGUACGACUGGCGGAGGCAUCAAUUGGGUAGGAGACCUAGCUACUGUGAACAAUGCUUCGCUGGUCCUCAGCUAUAACCUCGCAGUUGGAGGAGCGAGCAUCGACAAUUCGAUCGUCAAUACCAACGUCGAGGAUAUGACAUCUCAAGUCGGUGAUUUUGAGCAGGCGUACAGUAACAAACCCGCAUCUGCACCUUGGUCUUCGGAAAGCGCGGUAUUUGGGUUUUGGAUUGGAAUAAAUGAUAUUGGCUGGGCUUAUUCGAGUAACCAAGCCAAUGUUCUAGUUCCAACCUUAAUGGCGCAGUAUAAAGCUCUCAUUGAGAAGAUCUACGCAAACGGGGGACGGAAGUUCCUUUUCCUCAAUGUCCCUCCUACUAGCCGGGCUCCCUUGUUUCUCGACCAGGGAACAGAUGUUGUUAAUGCGCAUGCAGCAUGGGUCACCUCAUACAACAAUGGUCUCAAGGAAAUGAUCGAUAGCUUCAAAUCAAACCAUUCCGAUACCACUACAGUUCUCUACGACACCUGGUCAUUUAUGACAAAGGUUCUCGACAAUCCUCAAAGUUAUGGGUUCCCCAACGCGACUUGUAUCAAUGAUGAUGGCACUAGCUGUGUUUGGUGGAAUGAUUAUCACCCAGGUCAGAAGUAUCACAAACUACAGGCGGCAGAUAUGAAACCACACCUGCAGACUCUUGGGGCCUGGUAG